AUGCUGGAGGGCCUGCCCUUGCUGCUGGUCACCGCCGUGCUGGGCCUGGCGCUGCUGGCCCUGCUCCUGUCCCUGCGGUUCCGUCCCCUGUGCUUCAUCCUAUGGAAUGAGCUCGUCCUGCACUCUGUGAUGAACCUGCUCAUGGGUGACAAGAAGGAGCAGCGCAUUCUGCGCUACGUGCAGGAGCACGCGCAGCGUGGAGACCCGCAGAGUGUGCUGGGUGCCAUCGAUGCCUACUGCUCGCAGAAGGAGUGGGCCAUGAACGUGGGCGAUGAGAAAGGCCUGAUUGUGGAUGAGGUGGUGCGAGAGUGCCGUCCUGCGAUGGUGCUGGAGCUAGGCGCCUACUGCGGCUAUUCGGCCGUGCGCGUGGCCCGCCUGCUGCCGCCUGCCGCCCGCUUGCUCACCGUUGAGCUCAACCCUGCCUACGCCGCCAUCACCCGGCAGAUGCUGGAGUUUGCCGGCCUGCAGGACAAGGACGUCAUCCCCCAGCUGAAAAAGAAACACGACGUAGACACCCUGGACAUGGUCUUCCUCGAUCACUGGAAGGACCGGUACCUGCCAGACACGCUCCUCCUGGAGGAGUGUGGCCUGUUGCGGAAUGGGACAGUGUUGCUGGCUGACAACGUCAUCGUCCCAGGAGCACCAGACUUCCUGGCACACGUGCGCAGAAGCAGCCACUUCGAGUGUACACAUUACAGCUCACACCUAGAGUACUCACAGGAAGUGGAUGGCCUGGAGAAGGCCGUUUAUGUGGGCCCAGGCGUGGGGGGCCUGCGGCAGCCCUGA